UUGGAGCACCAUGGCUCAUACAACGCACCUUUGCACUUCGCAGGCGAUCUUCACGUUCUUGCUGCUGCUGUAUCCGUGCACAGCGUAUUCGGAGUAUGACCCUUCGCAACCGCUACUACUAUCAAGCAAGGCCACAAUCUACCAGCAGACCGGCAACUAUCUCCACAUCGACCCACUACGACUACCGCGCCCAGCCUUCUGCGCACCAUCAUCGUCAACCAUGUCGUCACAUCGCAGUGGCAACUUAAGCGGCUGUCCGAGCGUCAGUCCGUUUAGUUGGCACGGAAGCAGCAUUUGGAGCACCAUGGCUCAUACAACGCACCUUUGCACUUCGCAGGUCUGUAAAAACUUUCCGCUUUAUGCUAAGAAAAGUGACGACCCAUUUUUGCUAUUGCUUCCGUGCCAACAAGUGCUCUGUGAAAUUGUCGCAGAUUGUUUUUCUAUGGCGUUGCUGUUAUUGUGCUCAGGUGACGUGGAAACUAAUCCCGGUCCUACUACGCGUACUGAGGCAUUACUCGAGCUGCAGAAUUUGCCAUCAAAUCCUUCUGAGCAGACGGAAGUUCUUUUCCGGCUGUUAAAAGACCUUCAGGCUCGUUCUGUACAAUCUGCUAAGGGUCAGGCCGAGUUGGUUAACGACGUCAAGGCCAUUAAGGUUGGUCAAAAGAACAUCGAGACCAAAAUGGAAUGUAUCCAGAAAAGAUUAGACAACCUUGAAGAAAAAACAAACGUUUUAGACAAUCUCCAUGAUGAAAUGACUGGCAUUCAGGCGUCGACUCAAGCCCAAACAACUCGGCUUGACUCUUUACUAAUGCGCGUUGACGAACUCGAGGACAGAUCGCGACGCAACAACCUCAUAUUUCAUGGCAUCCGUGACUCUCGGGAAUCGUGGGAACAGUCCGAAUCACGCAUAAGAGAAGCACUAACUGGUGUAAUCGACAGCCUGCCUGACACGGCAAUCGAACGUGCUCAUCGCAUUAGUCACUACACGCCUAAUAAGUGUCGCCCAAUUGUAGUUAAAUUCACCAACACGAAAAUAAAAGACAAAGUACUUUCUUUGCGCGCACAGCUGAAAGAAAAGGGUAUUUCUACCUCCGAAGAUUUUUCGCCCGCCACCCGUCACGUCCGUAAAAAACAAAUUGAGUACGCUAAAGGCCAGCCCCAACCAUGCCCUUUCCAGUUAAGGUACACCAAACUAAUAAUGAAUAAAAAACAGUUCGUCUAUGACCCGGCAACAGACACCGUCAACGAGCAUGCGCCAUAUGAACCACGAGAUAACGGUGGGCAUGCAAAUUCCCAGCACGUGCCCAGUUAGGAAAACGUGAGGGGAUGUGGACGAGAAUCACGAGAAUCAUGCAUCGUAUCUGUUUUCUUUACAAAUAUUCGAAGCGUCAUGAAUAAGCGCACUUCCUUAGAAUCUGCCUUGGAGACUUGCAACGCCGACAUCUUUGUGCUUACCGAAACGUGGCUACAUUCACAGAUUCAAGAUAACGAAAUUCUUCAAACCGCACAACAUUUUUCACUGUAUCGUUGUGACCGUACAAUGCGUCAGGGAGGCGGCGUGCUCUUAGCCAUUUCUAAAGAUAUCCCAUCUCAGUGUAUUCACGUCAAUACUGACCUCGAAACAGUUUGGGCCAUCAUGGAAAUAAAUCACCAGAAGAUAAUCAUUGGUGUUUGUUACCGCCCCCCAACUUAUUCAUCUAACUUCGUAAAUGAGAUGCAUGAUAUCAUUAAUAUUGUUACAUCUCGUCAUCCUACAUUACCUUUAUUUUUGCUUGGCGAUUUUAAUCUACCGAACAUA